AUGACUUCAGCACAGAAAACGAACAUUAAUGUAGUCUUCGGGGCUAUGACCUUUGGCAAAGAGGGCUCAGAACAAGCUAGAGUCCACGACCUCGACAGCGCUGGCAAGAUUCUCGACAUCUUCCAAGCUCAUGGCCAUAAUGAGAUCGAUACUGCCCGAGCAUACUGUGAAGGUACAUCCGAGACGAUGCUCGGUGACCUCGAGUGGCAGAAGAGAGGUCUCGUCAUGGAGACCAAGUACUACCCUACUGCUGGGAAGCCCAUUCCUUCGUCGUGGAACAGCAACUUAAGACACACUCCCGAGGACCUUCGCGAGAACCUUGAAACCUCGCUGAAAGAGCUGAAGACCGACAAGGUUGAUAUGUGGUAUCUCCACGGUGUAAACUUGACUCAUCCUCCGACCAUCUGGCACUGA